AUGCCCUCGGGCAUAGGGAUAGUUACGGAUGAAUUGGAGGACCUGGAAUUGCCUUCCACAGUUGAAUUAAUGCGAGAAAGAGUUGAGUUUUUGCAGAAGUUGGGUUUAACAAUAGAUGAUAUCAAUGAGUACCCGUUGAUGCUUGAAAAGAUUGGGAUUCAGAGGUCAAGGCUUGGCGAGUUUGUUAAGAAUUAUCCGCAAGUCCUGCACGCAAGUGUCGUUGUUGAGCUUGUUCCAGUGGUUAAGUUUCUCCGGGGGCUUGAUGUUGAAAAGCAAGAUAUUGGUUAUGUGUUGAUGAGAAGGAAGCUCUUGCAUCAGUUAUUGCUCAGUACCCUCAAAUUCUUGGGCCUUCCUCUAAAGGCUAAAUUAUCCGCACAGCAGUAUUUCUUCACUUUAAAACUAAAAAUUGAUCCUGAUGGUUUUGCUCGAGUAAUUGAGCGGAUGCCACAGAUAGUUAGCCUUAAUCAGGAUGUGAUUAUGAAGCGAAUUGAGUUCCUUCUUGGACGGGCCAUACCUGCCGAGGUUGUAGCCAGGAUGGUUGUGAAAUGUCCCCAGAUAGUUGCUGUGCAAGUUGGGCUUAUGAAGAACAGUUACUAUUUCUUCAAGAGCGAGAUGGGAAGGCCAAUAAAAGAGCUUGUGGAGUUUCCGGAAUACUUCACUUACAGCUUGGAAUCGAGGAUCAAAGCUAGGUACCAAAGAUUACAAGCAAAGGGAUUAGAUGUUCGUUGGCUUGGUUCCUUAACUGCAGCGACAAGAGAUUUGAAGAAAGAUUGCAAGGUCAUUAUAUAG